AUGGUAGACGAGAUUAAGAAGGCCCACCAGGAAGACGCGGAUAACCCAGAUGCUCCGCAGUACGACAUCAAGGUCGUUAUCUACGCCGACGACCUGUGCGUCGGAGUCAAGAGCGACAGCAUCGAUGGACUGGUGUACGGCAUUACGAGGGCAAGGCACGCUGCGAAGGCAUG